AUGUGUUCUCCAAAUAAUGGUGGUAGUGCUAGUGAAGAAGAUGAUAAAUGUGUUCCGCGAGCUGCUGUAUAUAAAAUGAUAAAAGAUUGUACACGACAAAUUCGUGUAUCAGGCGAAGCCAAAGAAUUUUUUGUACAAUGUUGUAAUGAAUUUAUUCAUACAUUAGCUUUACAAGCAAAUACUGUUUGUGAACAACAAGCAAAAAAACUUAUUCAUCCUGAUCAUAUUGUUACUGCUUUGGAUAAUUUGGGUUUUAAUUCAUAUAAAGCAAAUUGUUUAAAUGCAAUGGAAACAGCACAAGAAGAAAUGGCACAAAAACGAAAAAAACUUCAUGGAAAACCAGCAUCAAUUUAUACUCAAGAAGAAUUACGACGACAACAAGAAAUUCUAUUUGAACAAGCUCGUGAAGAAUUACAACAAUUAGAAGAAAAUGAUUGGGCACAAACACAAGAAUUAUCAAAAGAAGUUUUACGAAAAAAAAUGGAAGCAUCAAGAACUGAUGAUGAUAAUUAUGAUGAUUAA